AUGGUUCAAAAGAUUUUCAUGUUUGAAGGUUUUCUAAAGCUGGGUAACAGGUACACGCAAGCGAGGGUCAUCGAGAAGAUGGAUCCUACGCGAGGAAAGUUUGAGAUCGAGAAGUUCGAUGGGAAGGGAGAUUUCGGCUUAUGGAAGUUCAAGAUGCUGGCUCAGUUAGAGAUUCAAGGCUUACUAUCGGUCCUCAAGGAGGAAACUACGUCAACAUCUGAUGGACAAAAGGCGGAUGAUGACGACGAAGUUGACGUAAAGAAGGACGUCAAGAAAGCAGAGAAGGACCUACGCGUCAGAAGCCUACUUAGCGUAUGCUUGAGUGACGUGAUUCUAAGGAAGAUCAUGCACGAGACGACUGCCUUGAGCAUGUGGAAAGCAUUGGAGAAGGACUAUCAAACCAAGUCGCUACCAAACAGGAUCUACCUCAAGAAGAAGUUUUCCUGCUACAAAAGGGAGGAGGACAAAUCGAUGGAAGAAAAUUUUGAUUUGUUUCUGAAGCUGAUUGAUGAUCUAGCUAGCAUCAAGGUGACCAUAUCAGAUGAAGACCAGGCGAUUCAGCUACCUCAAGCUUACCGCCAGUCUAUGAACCAUUAG